CUGUUUACUUCCGCUCCUUUCCGUCAUAGCAACAUGAAAGAGAAACCACGAGAAAGUAUUUCUUAAUUUGUUGGGUGUAGGCUAUUGGCUUUUAUUACAUUACAAUAUGAUGUCGAUGGAAUCUGACAUUACGGAUGGAAUCUGCGACCAUCAAGAGUUGUUUGAAGAUGUGAAAGUGCAGAAGCCAAAAUAUGAAGCUCAGUUUUAUGUUUCUUAUGAAAUAGUCAUUGAGACAGAGAGCCUUUGUUUCAGUCUCAAAAGGAGUUCAGUGCGUCGUCGGUAUUCCGAAUUCUUGGCGUUGCAGAAAAUACUCAUAAAGGAAUUUCCUGCCUUAAAAUGUCCACCAAUGCCUUCAAAGUUUCCUUUCAAAAAUCAUCUUGAUCCAAAUUUUGUUGAAAAAAGAAGAGAGGAUCUUGAAGUAUUCCUUAAAAAAUUGCUGGCGAAGAAAGUUUAUCUGUCAAGCAAAGCUCUACAUUUAUUUUUGCAGACAAAUGUGACAAUAAGUGAAAUAAAAGAAAUUAUUACUGGGAAAAAAGUGCGUGAAAUUGUCAAGGAUGUUGAUGAUAUUCAAAGCAACAGGACGAUAACUGACCGACUCAGAGAUAUGGCAAGUACAUCAAGUGUUUCUUCCUUUGAUGACAAUGCUGAAGGUGCUGGAGUUGAUGGGAAAACUGUACAAAGAGACACAGAAGCUGCAAAUGAGAAUUGUGAUCAAAUAUCUGUUGACUUUUCUAAUAGUUGUAAUGUGGAUUCACCUAGAACUAAACGAGUAAGCUUUUGUGAACAAGUGACUGUGGCUCAGAUCCAUGUUGAAUGAAGAAAAAUUCUGAAAUAGUUAAAAAUGCAUAU